UAAUGAAUAAAGAGCGCCAGCUUCAGUACAAUUUCAUUACUCAGCGGACUCGCUAAAGCAAAAAGCGUAUUCGUAGCAAUUCAAGUUUUGCAGUUUACAUUUCCCAACUUUUAUUAUCUUUGACUAAGAUGGAUAAGAAAGUCAAAAAUAUGAAACUGCAGAAGGAACUAGAAUUAAUGCUGCAAAACGCAGAUAAAUUACCUUCAUGGAAAUCAGAUAAUGAAGGAAUACACGAGCGCGUCAACUUUGAUGAUACAAUAUGGGGCUUCAACUUAGCUGGCGGAGCUUACUACAACACUCCUUUGAGAAUAACACAGGUGAAAAAUGGCAGUCGAGCUCAACAUGCUGGGAUGAAAGUAGGAGAUAUCCUGAAUAGUAUCAACGGUAUUGAUACACAAAAACUUACAGUUCAAGAAGCACAUGACCUGAUCGUCGAGUCCGGCAUUGAAAUAAAAUUAAGUUUAUCAGCACCAGACGUCGACGAACCCACCUACUAUGUGUACCAAGAUGACUUUGACGAAGAUCAGGAAGAGGAAAGACUUCUACGCGCGUCCGAAGAACAAAAAUAUCGUUAUCGUUUUAAAGGAGCUAAAGCGAACGAAGCUUGGAGUAUCGCAUGGCCUUGCAGUAAGAAACGAGAUAUCUUGUACCGAGAAUCCAACUGUUUUCUUGUUCCUAGCAUCUAUGAGAAAAAUCAUCCGGAAAAAAUAUUAAAAAACUCAACGAUGCCAAAUGAGAAAGCUGCAAUUUGACCGUGUCAUUUUCAAUACACAGUUUCAUUAGUAUAGUAGGUAUAAGGGAGAAAAUGAUGACACUAGACACUUUAUACUUUGUCCAAUUACAAAAUAACACAGUUGGCUUUUUUAGACAUAAAGAAAAAUAAAAAAAUAAAAAAGCA